GGUGCCAGGUACAUGUCGAAGGACACCGGUUAAAGGAAGCUGACAACUCGCUGUUUUCUAUAUACUUGUAUAUAAAGGAGCGAUUACAUUUAGACGCCUUAUCAGUUUUUGAAUCAUCCGGGACUACGUUAACCUUACCUAUAUACCUACCAUGUUACGCUGGGAGAUGCUGGUCCUUUUCCUUUGGGGUUGUGUGGGGGUCCUUUGGGCCGCGAACACGACAAACGAAGCACCCACACGAUCCGAUAAAGAACGGUUGUUUUAUUUGUCGACCAUUUUCCAAAAGUACUCCACCGAUGAUAACGAAAUACCACUGGAUAACGUACAGAAGUUGCUGGCCAACCUUGGGCUCCCCGUCCCCGCGGGAGAGGGUUUUCUGUUGAACUCUGAGGGUGGAAUUGCAGAGAAUGACUCUCACUGCCACGACCUGGAGGCGGGGUGUCCGACCACUUCCACCCCUCUCGAUCCAUCUGAUAGACACAUCCACAAGAGGUCGGUGGCCACGAGUGAUGCUCACUACAAUCACGAAAAGCAGUGCUUGAGCACAGUUGAAUUGUUGAGAACCUACCAUUUCCAAACCAAAUCGUCCAUUGGCAAAGAAGACUUCAUGAACCUAUGUCCCAGUCUGAUUGUACAUCUGGACAAAGAGGAAUGCAAGAGCGACAUAGAACCGCACAUUCAUAAAGAGGAAGUUGAAGGGAGGUCCUUGGGUUCGAUUCCACUAAAUGUGUGGGGGUACAGCGCCCUAUCCAUCCUCAUCAUAAGCCUGGUCGGGCUUCUCGGUGUGGCGGUAAUUCCCAUCAUGCAAGGCCCGUUCUACAACCAUUUACUUCAGUUCCUGGUGGCGCUUGCCGUCGGCGCUCUUUCCGGUGACGCAAUGCUUCAUUUAAUUCCACAUGCACUAGCUGGGGGUCAUGAGGAACAUGGCGAGGAGGAGGCAGCCCCAGGAGAAGCACUAACUGAUGAACAAAUGAACGUGUUCAAAGGACUGACGGCUCUCGUCGGCAUCUUCAUCUUCUUUUUCAUCGAAAGAGUGAUGACCAUCAUCACAGAUAUUAAAAGAAAGCGAAGAGAAGAAGAGCAUUAUAAACAUCAAUUGGAACUGGCGGCUAAACUUGGUGAGGAUGAAAUCGAACAGAUCAAAAAGGCCCACGAACUGGCGCAUGUCUACAACCACGAACACGACUGUGAAUCGCUCAACUGGGGGAUCCACCCUGGAAACCGAGCAUUGGAACUCUUCGCCGAGGAAGCAAACAAGGAAAAGCAUGAGGACGAGGUUCUUAUGAAGAAGAUUGAAGACAAAAAGAGACUGGACCGGAAGGACUCCAAAUCAACUAAAUCCCGGAAACUGAGCCGCUCCCACAGUCACUCGCAUUCCCACAAUGCCGGAAUUCCAAAGGACGUGGCAGCAGUUGCAUGGAUGGUGAUCCUUGGGGAUGGGAUCCAUAACUUCUGUGACGGCCUGGCCAUUGGCUCGGCCUUCGCCGCUUCCAUCACAGGGGGCAUUAGUACCACCAUAGCUGUGUUCUGUCAUGAACUGCCUCAUGAAAUUGGGGAUUUUGCCGUUUUGCUGAAGGCGGGAAUGAGGCCGAAGCAGGCGAUCGUGUAUAACGUGGUGUCGUCUGUGUUGGCGUUCUGUGGAAUGCUUAUUGGGGUCAUGCUUGGAAACAUUGAGUCUGCUAGUCUCUGGAUCUUCACAGUGGUCGGCGGCAUGUUCCUCUAUGUGUCGCUGGUCGACAUGCUGCCUGAGAUGAUGUCGGUUGACUCCAGAGACGGCGAGAAUCCAUUCUUCCACUUGGUGUUCCAGGCUUGUGGCAUGUUUCUUGGGAUAGGAAUCAUGCUUAUCAUCGCCAUGUACGAGGACAAGAUGAAAACCAUGAUGGAACUUUAAAACAGAAAUCUACAAACCCAGAAAAAAACCCAGCAAUGUACAAACCAACUAAAGGUCUGCGCCACCGAUUACUGCCACGAUGGAUGACUGACAAUACUCAAAAAACCUUUCACGCUAUUAUUGUUAAGUUUGUUCUUAUCAUUUUUGCAUAAUGAAUCUAUGUGUGAUACUGUGUCUUUGAUGCAAUGAAAUCCUCUUUGCUUUCUUAGCUGUGCUCCCGUUACAAUGAUAUAGAUUAAAAUGCAUAACAGUCCUGCAUGGGUCCAACCCCCCCCCCCCCCGGAAAUUUCAAAUUUCUUAAAUAUAUACAUUGUACAGUUAUACCGAGAAUAUGCCUUGCUCCGUCCGCCCCGCCCCGGCAAACUCAAAUACCCCCUCUCCCGGAAAAAAAUUGCUUGAUCUGCGCAUGGCUAUAAUUAAUGUGCAACUUGUUGGACAUUUCAGUGUGUUGAACAAUUUUUGUGAGGCGUUACGUAUACUAGUAACUUGGUUUUUUUUGUCGAAAGAAGUAAACAAGGAAAAUGAUAACAACAUUGGUUCUUUUCAGUACGUAGCAGCUUUUAGGACCGUAUGGUUGAACAUUUUUUGCAAGUCUUAUCAUAACAGAUUAUAGGCGAAAAUCAUUUUCUAAUGUAUAGAUUUUAAAGCGCCUUGUCAUUAUUGUAUAUCUGAAUAGAUUGAUUUGUCGUAUUUAUUAUUUUAUUGUCAUGUCCUUAAAGUUGCAGCUAGUUGUCAAUUUGUUUAUCAAACUGUUUGUUUGAUUGUUUAAAGUUUAUAUCGCAGAAAAUUCAUCUGACGAACAAUGCAAGAGUGAUUUGAUUGUAAAUACAAGCUUGUGGAGUACAUAAGUUUUACAACUGCAUGCAUGUCUGAAUAUCAUUUCAAAAAUGAUAUGCAAAUUUUAAAAAAUGCUUAUUAUUUUGUUCAUUUAUAUGAAUGUUUUUCUCCCCUUUUGUACAUAUUUACGUGUACCGGUACAUAUAGAGAUAUUUAAUAAAUGAUAUAUUCAUGAUGUUUAUCAAUAAACUGCAAGAUAUAUA